AUGCCGGUCGAACGCGUGGCAAGAAAACCCGGAGGAGGCGACAGGGACGAGGGCCACCAAAGCUGCGGCCUGUCCCCGUCUGUGGAAAAACGCCCCUCGAUUUCUCCCGGCCCCUGUCCGCUAUCUGAGUUUCCGUCUUGUUCCUUGACCCCGCUAUUCGCGGCGAUCUCCCUGCCUGACGAAGACGAGAUCGAAACCUCUCUCCCCGCCACGUUCGCUGGAGGGGAGGCCUCGGCUGAGGCAGAGGUUGGUCUCCCCGCGCCCCAUGCGUCUCUUUCCCCCAAACCGCGACCGCCUUCUGCCGACGGUCUUUUGUUUCUCGGCACAGGUGUCUCCUGUGCGCUUCCGCAGCUCGGCCACGUGCUGCCCAUGGCGUCGCCCUCGCACCCGUUCUUCCCCUUCCUCCGCGUGCCUGUGGACCAACUUCCGUCGACUCGAGUUCUCCACCGCUUGGCGGCGCAGCAUGCCCACCAAGCUCGCGGCGCGACAGACGCACGCCACGUGCCUGGCCAGGCGUCUGCCGGGAUUCCCGGGACGGUGUGCCGCGAGAAACAGCAAACUCCAGACGGAUCCACGAACAGCGGACCGUCGUCGCCUGCGGCCUCCGGCGCCGUUCAAACCACGGAGACGGAGGAGCCCUCCGCGGCAGGCGAAGGAGCGACGCGGGCGUGGUGUUCUGGGCUGAGCGAAUGUGGAGAGAAACCGGCGCCAGCUGAAGAGGGCGGGUACGGCGUGGCCUGCGUCUCAUGCUUCCUCAGUUGGAAGAAUGGCCGAGAUGUGAAUCACCGGAACAACGUCUCUGCUGUUUUGCGCAUUGCCGGGAAGUCGCUCCUCAUCGACUGCGGAAAAACCUUCCGAGAAGCUGCUCUCGCGUACUUCCCGCUUAACCAUAUCUCAGCCCUCGACGCCGUUCUGCUGACCCACGACCACCAGGAUGCAGUCGGCGGCAUCGAUGACUUGCGUGAUUUGCAGCGCUUCACUAGGCCGACGCUCGCCGUUCCCGCGUGUGCGUCGACGUCCGCUCUCUCGACACAGGAGCCCGCUGGGCUCCAGCGGGCUGCGUCUUCUCCGACGCCGAACAGUGUGAACAGAGCCUCUCCCGCUUACCCGGCUGCCGGGAGUUUGUGGGGUGCCGAGCAACACGGCAUGCUAAAUCCUGGGGACCGCGUGCGCGAGGCCCUGCGCAAGUCCCUUGGGUAUCGGCCAGAAAGCCUUCUCCACUGCUACGUGGGUCCGCGAACGCUGCACUCGCUCUGCAGCAAAUUCAAGUACAUUGUGCAGACGUCUUGGCGGAUGCAAAAGGCGCUGCUGGACGCGAGGGACGAGGAGCCGCCGAGGCCUGCGGCCGCUGCGGCCGGGAGGGAGAUGGAGGGAAAGAAGAGAAGACUCGACAAGGAGGCGACGCAGGCAGCGGCGCGCCUGCCGUGCCACAGCGACGCCACCGUUCACGAGGAAGGCGUGCCAGGCUUGUGGUCUUUCGUCGACUCGACAGAUGCGCCUGUUCUGCAGCGGAAGGUCGCGUGUCUUGCCUUUCAUCUGCUCAACGACAGAGCGCCUUCCCCUUCAGUUCCCACCGCACCUUCCUCUUUGUCUACUUCCUCUUUGUCUCAGCCUUCGCUCCAGGAACGGGGCAAGGCCUCCUCGAUCGCGCUCGCGUCUUCGGCCUCCGCGCCGGCGUCGCGACAGGACGCCCCGGACACCCAGAGCGCUCCGAGAGAUCCUGCCCCAGCAGGAGGCGCCUCGCUCUCCGGCGAUGGCGAGGCCGAGGCCGAUUUGAACUGCAUGUGGAGGAGACUGCCUCCGCCCGUCUCAGAUGACGCAGGCUUCUCCACGCUUCGGAUUCCGGGCGUCCCCGUCCCGAUUCAGUCGUUCCCCGUCUACCACGGCGGCACGUACGUCUCCCUGGGCUUCCUGGUUGGGGAUAAGAAGCUCGUCUACAUUUCAGACGUCACGUCCUUCCCGACGCCUGUGCUGGAUCGGCUCCGCCAUCUCGACGACCUCGAAACCCUAGUCGUCGACGCGAUCGGAGAGAAGCUGCACAACGCCCACUUCUCUGUCCAGGAGGCCCUCGCCCUUGCCGUCCUCCUGCAACCAAGAAACGUCUUCCUUGUGGGGAUGUCGUGCUCGCUGGAGCACCGGAAAACGAACAGGCGCCUGGCCAUUUGGCUGCGCCUUCACCAGGAGGUGUACAGACAGCAGCAGGGAAGGGAGUCGCGAAUCGAAAGCGUGUCGCUCGCUCUGGACGGCCUCUUUGUCCCUAUGCGAUUUUGA